AUGAAAAUCACAUAAAUACAUAUAUACACAAUCAUACACAGACAGAUUAAUUAAUUAAUUAAAAAUUUCUCACAAACAACAUAAUUUACAGCUUCUAAUUAAAAUAAAUCCCAUAAAUAGAAAACAAGCAUUCAUUUAUUGAUUCGAAUUAAGACAUAACUAUAAAUGUGCAAUCCCAAAAUAUAAUUUUCUGCCUUCUAAAGAAUUAAUUAAAAUAAAAAGGGUAAAAUUGAUCAUAGUUACAAUCUUAUACACAAAAAAAACAUAGGGAACACAAAUUAAUUAUGCUCUCUUAGAAAUUAAUAUUCAAAUCAGAACUGUUAAUAACAAUAUUAAUUUACGAGAGUAAAAUACUAACUAAUUAUCAAAGUGAAGAUAAAAAAUGGCUGCAAAUUAACUUAUUUUCUUACUAAAUAAAUAAAUGAAUAAUUGCAAAAAUAACAAACUAUAAUAAAACAUACAUACAUACAUAAACAUAAAAAAUAUACUAACAAAAUAACAAUCAAACAACCAAACAAGAUAUAUUAACAAAACAAACAAACAAACAAAUAAACUAAUAAAUGUUCCUAUUUAAUUUUUUUGCUUUAAUCAAUUAUCUCAAUAAUCUUUCCCUCAUCAUACUAAUUCUUAUUUGUAAUUAAAUGCAUACAUAUAUAUGCAAAUAUAAACUAAUUAGUUUUUUAGCUAUCUAGAAUAUUUUUUCUUUCUCAAAGCAAAUAGAUAGGUAGCUAAAUAACGAACAAACAAACAUACAAAGAAACCAACUAACUAAAUAAGUAAAUAAGAAUUGCUAACUUCAUUCUUUUAUUUAUUUAUCUACUAAAUAUACAAAAAAUUUAUUAACUAAAGUAAGAUCAGACUUUCACUGUCUAUAAAGUUUUGAUUGAUAAUUUUUUACUAAAUAAUAAUGAUAAGUAUAUAUACCUUUCAUGCUAUUUAUUUUAUAUAUUAAAUCCUCUUAACUAUAUUUCUUUCUUCAACUUGCUCAUUCACCAAAUCAAAGAUCUAACUAACAUUUUUAAACUAUUCUUUAAAUUAGAAUGUAUAUUAGUUGUUACAAAUAUUUUAAAGUAUUCCUUACAUGACUAAGGAAUAAUUACUAUUAAUAUCUAUUUGUCUAUCUAUUAUUAGCAGCAAGAAUUAUAGUUAGUGUAUUAAUCAUAUGAACUAAAUUUAGCUUACUUCUAAAAUAUUAAUUUAUUCUUUAAUUAAAAUGUACUAAUUUUAUAAGAAGUUCACUAGUCAAGUGACAUUUAAUUAAACUAUUGA